GAGGAGGAACAGGAGGAGGAGGAGGAGGAGGAGGAAUGAUGACGAGGAGAAGGAGGAAGAGGAGGAGGAGGAGGAGGGAGGAUGACGAGGAGGAUGAAGAUGUAGAAGACGACGACAAGGAGGAGGAGGAGGAGGAGGAGGAGGGGGAAGAAGAAGAUGUAGAAGAGGAGGAGGAGGAGGACGACGCAGAAGAGGAGGAUGAGAAGGAGGAGAAGAGAGAGGAGGACGACGCAGAAGAUGCGAAGGACGAGGAGGAAGGAUGACGAGGAGGAGGAGGAGGAGGAGGAGGAGGAGGAGGAGGAGGAGGAGGAGGAGGAGGAGGAGGAGGAGGAGGAGGAGGAGGAGGACCAAGACGAGGAGGAGGAGAAGGAGGAGAGAGAGGAGGACGACGCAGAAAAGGUAGAGGAUGAGGAGAGGAGGAGGGAGAAGGCGGACAGGGAGGAGGGCUCCACCCAAUGACAAAAAAUGACGGGAAACAUCCUGGCGAACAAAUUAACUACCAAUAU